AUGGAGUCAAAUGAUUCCUACCGUGUGGAUUCUGAGUUCAGAUACACCCUUUUCCCCAUCUUUUACAGCAUUAUUUUUGUGCUGGGGGUCAUUGCCAACAGCUAUGUGCUGUGGGUCUUUGCACGCCUGUACCCUUCCAAGAAACUCAAUGAGAUAAAGAUCUUCAUGGUGAACCUCACUUUGGCAGACCUGCUGUUCUUGAUCACUCUGCCUCUGUGGAUCAUCUACUAUCACAAUCAGGGCAACUGGAUUCUCCCCAAAUUCCUGUGCAACCUUGCAGGUUGCUUCUUCUUCAUCAACACCUACUGCUCUGUGGCUUUUCUAGGUGUCAUCACUUACAACCGCUUCCAGGCCGUAACACAACCCAUCAAGACAGCUCAGGCCACCACACGCAAGCGGGGCAUAUAUUUGUCCCUGGUCAUCUGGGUAGCCAUUGUUUCUGCUGCCUCAUAUUUCUUCUUCCUGGAUUCUACCAAUGUCGAGCUCCAAAAAGGGGGUGCAGGCAAUAUCACUAUCACCCGCUGCUUUGAGAAGUAUGACAAGGGCAGCGUCCCAGUCCUCAUCGUCCACAUCUUCCUCGUGUUUAGUUUUUUCCUGGUUUUCCUCCUCAUCUUCUUCUGCAACAUGGUCAUCAUCCAGAAACUACUCACACAACCUGCCGAGCUGCAGGGAAGCACAGAAGUCAAGCGCCGGGCUCUGUGGAUGGUGUGCACAGUUUUGGCUGUGUUCAUCAUUUGCUUCGUGCCCCACCACAUGGUGCAGUUGCCCUGGACCCUGGCGGAACUGGGCUUCCAGCAAAACUUCCAUCAGGCCAUCAAUGAUGCCCAUCAGAUCACCCUCUGCCUCAUGAGCACCAAUUGUGUCUUAGACCCAGUCAUCUACUGUUUCCUCACCAAGAAAUUCCGCAAGCACCUCACCGAAAAGUUCUACAGCAUGCGCAGCAGCCGGAAAUGCUCCCGGGCCACCUCAGAGACAGGGACUGAGGUGGUCAUGCCGCUCAAACAGGUCCCCGCCAAUUCCUUUAAAAAUUAG